CACACACACACACUCACACACACACACACACACUCACACACACACACACACACACACACACACACACACUCACACACACACACAUAUAAACCCGCGUGGACGGGCCGGUGAGUUGCCGUGGUGACAGACGGUGAAGAGAGAGAGUGAGUCAGUCAUUCGAUCUCACGGACGGUUUAACGGAAAUCUUCAUUUUCUGGAUGUUUGAAAUCGCCGGUUUUCUCCCGCGAGACCGUCCGGCUGCAGAGCGCGCGAGUAAAUGUGUCGGCUCAGACAGGAAACACUUCAAACCUGAAACACCAUCUCCACGUGUAUCACCAGGGAAUUUGUUUGUGAGAUGAUGGUGAGACGUCUGCAGUAAGAUGUAGAAUCCAGACGAGGAGGAGAGACAGAACAAGGAAGAACAUCGUCUGAACGACGCAUAAAGAAGAAGAGAGAGACACUUUUCAAUCUCUGUUCAUUCCUGAGAAAUAGUGACGACUUGUGACUUUUGACCUUCGCCCACUGCACCAUGUGUCAUGUGAUCGUGACGUGCCGUUCCAUGCUGUGGACGCUGCUUAGCAUCGUGGCGGCAUUCAGCGAGCUCAUCGCCUUCAUGAGCACCGAUUGGCUGGUGGGUUUCCCACAGACUCCGGACGCAGUGUUCUCGCCCCAUGGGACGACGGCGGGCGAGGCGUACCGCCCCACUCUGGGCAUCUAUGGGCGCUGCAUCCGGCUGCCUCACCUGCGGCGCGGCGUGCUGUGUGGACCGUAUGCCGUGCAUUUCGGAGAGAUCGCCAGCGGGUUCUGGCAGGCCACCUCCAUCUUCCUCGCGGCAGGAAUUCUGCUGCUGUGCGCCGUGGCGUUUAUAUCCGUCUUCACCAUGUGCUUCCAGAGUAUCAUGAAGAAGAGCAUCUUUAAUGUGUGCGGACUGCUGCAGGCCAUAGCAGGUUUGUUUCUGAUUGUGGGUCUGAUGUUGUAUCCUGCUGGUUGGGGUUCUGAUAAAGUCCAGUUGUACUGCGGUCCGGACGCGUCUCCAUAUAAACUGGGUCUGUGUUCUAUGGGCUGGGCGUUUUAUACGGCGCUGGGCGGCACUGUUCUCACCUUCAUCUGCGCCGUGUUCUCCGCACAAGCCGAGAUCGCCACGUCCAGCGAUAAAGUCCAGGAGGAGAUUGAAGAGGGCAAGAGACUCAUCUGUCUGCUGUGAGAGAGAGAGAGAGAGACACUCUGAUAGAAGACUCGUUCACCACUAAGACUCAAACACAUCAUGUUUGUUUGUUUGUUUGUUUUUAUGGAGAAUCAUUCUCACUUUUGUGUUUGUUCUGGUUCAUUUGUCUGUCUCUCUUCUGAUGUAAAUAUACAUGUAUAUAAUGUAAAUAUCAUUGUUCACCACAGUAACACUGCUCAGAAUCACUCCAUCAUGUGAAUCAUUGAAUCAUGAAAACAUGUCCAGAGCUUGAGAGUGUUUGAAUGGAUAUAAACACCUCAUAUCUCCAUCGAAACAUCAUUGUUUGUGUUCCACAGAAUAUGAUGAGUGAAUUAUUGUUGGGUGAACUGCUCCUCUAAUAGUAAUGUUUUAUUUCUUUUAAUGUUGAGGUGAAACUUGAGCUGGAUGUGUUCUUAAAGAUUCACCGUUUCAGUUUCAUCAUCAUGAAGUUCAUCAGGAUCUUACCGGUGUUUCAGAGUGAACGCUGAACUCACAUCAGUAUUUUGUGCUGCAUUAAAGACUGUUGAAGCACAAAUGAAUAAGAAAUUCAUGACCUGCAACAAAACAAUGUGCCAAAAUGAAUGAAGGAUUCUCCUGUGUGCCAAACUGUCGUUCCGGAUGUCUGAUGACCUGCAGCUCACUGGAGAGAAAAUCAAAGUCCUGACAAUUCUCAGUUCCAAUGACAUGUACUGACUCCAUCUGUCUGUCUGUCUGUCUGUCUGUCUGUGUGUGUGUGUGUGUGUGUGUGUAUGUGUACUCUAGUUCACUAGCUCAUCGUUCACUUCCAUGUCACACACUCAUCUCUGUCAAAUAAAGAAGCCAUGAUUAAACACG